CCGUGCGCGUCUAGGUCCAGGUCGCACUUUUUGGUGGUGUGUUUGUCCCCGUCGGUUAAAUCCGUACUUCUGUGGUUCCGUGUUCCGUGAUUGCGACAAUCGUUGCGUUGAAUGUCCUACCGGACGACGGGACGGCGGAAUCAGCAGUCGAACAGCGUGAGUGCGUUGAGCUUUCGCAGGUGGCUCGGUGAGCUGUGCUGCUGUGUGCGUCCUGUUGUAAGUUGUCGGAAUUGAUCUCCACCGCCGCCAGCCGCCGCCGCCGCCGUCAUGAGCAGCAAGUUCGAGAUUUCCGACGACGCGGACGAACUGAACCAGGAGAUUGACGAUACCAACUUCCCGACCCGCUCGAACUCGAUCAGCUUCGGGGCGGCCAAUGGGAAUGGGUCGACCGGAAGUCUCAACAACGGCUACGGACCGUUCGCGAACCGUCGCCGCUCAAGCAGCAUCCGUCAGUCCGAACCGCCGGCGGAAGCACCAGAAGGCACUCCGGAAAAUCACGCCGAACCGGAGGAAUCGGAAUCGGCGAACAACAAUAACGGAGUGGCCGGAGCGGUGAACGGGGAAAAGCGCGAACAGAGUGAGCGCAGCAUGAGCGUCAGCAGCAACAGUGGCGGCAAUGCCAUUGCGAUCGGUGGCCUAAACCGAGCCCGUCCGACACCGAUCCGUACGACCAGUUUGUCAGGGCACGAGAAAUGUACCUUCCAUCACGACCUGGAGCUGGACCACAAGCCGUCGACCCGGGAGGACCUGCUGCCGUUGAUGUCGAAGUCGUACCGAAUGCUCCUGUCCAGCCUCGGUGAAGAUCCGGAGCGUCAGGGGCUGUUGAAGACUCCGGAGCGGGCGGCCAAGGCGAUGCUCUUCUUCACCAAGGGCUACGAUCAGAGCUUGGAAGAGGCCCUGAACGGUGCCGUAUUCGACGAGGACCACGACGAGAUGGUCGUCGUGAAGGACAUCGAAAUGUUCUCGAUGUGCGAACAUCAUCUGGUGCCGUUCUACGGUAAGGUGUCGAUUGGGUAUUUGCCCUGCAAGAAAAUCCUCGGAUUGAGCAAACUGGCCAGGAUCGUCGAGAUUUUCUCACGUCGGCUGCAGGUCCAGGAACGGUUGACGAAGCAGAUUGCCGUGGCCGUCACCCAGGCCGUCCAGCCGGCUGGCGUUGCGGUCAUCAUCGAAGGAGUGCACAUGUGCAUGGUGAUGCGUGGAGUGCAGAAGAUUAACAGCAAAACGGUCACCUCGACCAUGCUGGGCGUCUUCCGGGAUGAUCCGAAGACGCGUGAAGAGUUCCUGACGCUGUGUAACAACAAGUGAGCCAGAUGCGUCCACCAUCGUUCUCGCCCAUCGACAGCGGCAGCGUCAGGUCGAUCGUCACCGAUCGUGCACGAACAUCAAACGGUCGUAGAGAACGGUGUUUAGAAAGGAGUAUUACAGUGCACUCGAAACGAUAAGAAACGAAAGAAGCGCACAAGGGCUGGGUCGAAUGAAGCACAGCUUCCAGGCGACCCAUCGCCUUCGUGUGAAACGUAAUUUAGGGAACUUGUUUAGGGAAAAGGCUCACGAGCCAACACCGUACUGUGUGUACUUUACAAACGGAUAUACUCGAGUUUUUAGCUGCCAAGUAAAAUUUUUAGAAUAUUUUUUGCAACAGAGUGAGAGUUUUUCGGAAGUGUUGAUUCGCCCGUUGAUUCGUGGUGUUCCCCUACUCGGGCACUAGUUUUAUUCUUUAACUCUCGAUCGAACAGGAUCGGUCGGCCGUUCGGGCUGCCUGUGGUGCGAACCAAUACAAUAAUCUACACUAUGAAUGUUUACAAACCACACGUACUGCACUUGUUACAAAGUCUGCGUCUAACGAUAAGCAAAUGAGUGUCUAUUUCAAAACGUGUUAUAUUGUUUGGAAGUGAGGUGUUUGCCACGCGAAAGGGUCCAAAAGCAACGCAGUGUUGAGCCAUUUACAGAUGCACGAGCAUAUUUUUAACAGGCGAUGAACUACAUAUUCUUAACGUGAGAAAACUCUAUACUGUUGUUUGUUAAUGAUGUGAAACCACGCAAAUGCGACACGACGGUAACAAUAAAUUUAUAUUAUCGAUAGGGCGCCGAGCAAUCCUAUUUUUUCUAAUGAAUUGCGAUGCACAAUGGCCAAACCCUAGAGAGAACAAUCAACGAAUUAUACGCACCUUCCUCAAGGAAGUAACAUCAUGUUGCUAGCUGAAAGGGUUGAAUC